AUGUCGACCUAUGAAGGUAUGAACUAAUACCAAUACUACUCAUAGUCUACUAACAAUCAUUAGACGAGCAUAAUAUAACAACCAAUGAACAUAGAAGACAACAUGAAACUUUAUCAAAUAUAAUUGAUAAUUUUUUAUCAAAUACAAGAACAAUUCAUCAAACAAAUGAACAAAUAUUAUCAACUGCCUUGGGUCAAUUAGAAAAUAAUCCUACUAUAAUACAGAUGUUAGAAUCUUUAGAUGAUAAACCGAAAAAGGGAGUAGAUUCAGAAUUUUUAGAUACUUUGGAAAGAGUACCAAUUUCAGAAUUAAAAAAUGAAGUUUGUCCAAUAUGUACAAAUAAAUUUAUAGAUGAUCCAUAUCCUUUAGUUGUUAGAUUACCUUGUGGUCGUGGAGUUAAUCAUAUUUAUGAUUUAGAUUGUAUUGGUCCAUGGUUACAAUUAAAUUCAACUUGUCCAUUAGAUAGAAUUGAUUUAUUAGAUUUAAAAAGACAAAGAAAAGAUAAAAUUCAACAAGAAAUUGAUAAAGCUAAAGAAGAGGAUGAUGAGGAAGAAGAAGACGAUUGGGAUGUAUAUGGAUAG